AGCCAUGUUCUCCAUAAAGCUAGUGGAGGGGUGAGCUGCCUGUUGAGCCAAAAGAGGACUCGGACGCAUGAGUAGGAGGCUCUGGUCUGAGUGUCAACGGAGAACUGACGCUGUUGCCGUUAACCUUCAAAGACAACAGCACAUCGACACUGGGGCUGGUGGGAUCUGGGAAGACGUUGCCUCGAUAAUCUACACUCUCAGGGCCCUCCAUCUAAAAUCAGAAUGGAAGCUCAAGGUGGAAACAGACCCAGCUGUGGGACAAUUUGUCUGAAGUAUUUACUUUUUCUCUUUAACAGUCUGUUUUGGCUGGCAGGAGGGGCUGUGCUGGGAGUGGGAGUGUGGACUCUGAUGGAAAAGAGCGACUACAUCAGUCUACUGAACUCCAGCUUCUACUCGGCCUCAGCUUACAUCCUGAUAGUUUCCGGGGUUAUUGUGAUAGCGACCGGGAUCAUCGGAUGCUGUGCCACUCUGAAUGAGAUGAGGGCUCUUUUGAUUGUGUAUUUGGUGUUGUUGAUCUGUAUUUUCCUGCUUGAAAUCAUUGCUGGCGUGCUGGCUUACAUUACCUACCAAGAGUGUUUCCCUUUCUGCUACCAGCUGGAUGAUGAGCUCAGACAGAACCUGAAGGUGACCAUGCAGCAGAAAUACCAGCAGCCGGGGGAGGAGAGCGUCACGCUGGCUGUGGAUAAACUUCAGCAGGAGUUUAAGUGUUGUGGAAGUUACAACUCCUCAGACUGGAGAGACUGUGCGUGGAUCAAGAAACCAGACAACAAGCGUCUCGUUCCUGAUAGCUGCUGUAAGAGUCCUGGUGACCUCUGCGGCCUCAGGGACCAUCCCUCUAAUAUCUACAAGGUGGAGGGAGGCUGUAUUAUGAAGCUAGAGGAGUUCAUCCUGAGUCAGUUGUAUAUUCUUGGUGCAGUGGGCAUUGGGAUUGCAUUUCUACAGCUUGUGGGGAUGAUGUUUACUUGCUGCCUAUAUCAAAAUUUGAAAGAAGAUCCGUACUGAUUUUUGAUUUUGUUUAGUGGCACAGAUUGUGUAAAAUCAUAAAUUGUAAAAUAUUUGGUUAGGUAUUUUAUUGCCCCUUUAUCAACUGAGUGGCCAAUUCGAAAUAUAACAUUGUGAUUUACAAAAUAGCCACAAACACUAGAGAUGCUGUAAUGCUGCUGUGCAGCAAUGCCCUUUUUAUGCAAAAUGCCAUUGCUUGCUUUAAAUACCUUUUAUUUUUUAUCAGAAAAUAUAUUGUGUGGACAAACAUGUACAAAAAAACACACAUUUUAAAGAGCGGACAAAUAUAUGCAGUGUGUGGUUUCAUUUAACAAUCAGUCUUGUUGGUUAUGUUGUUUUUUUUAUCACAUAGUGGUUACCAAAAUUGUAAUAAAUAAUAUAUAAAUAAAAUUGAUUUUCUGUGUGUCAAAAUGCUAAUAAAAUGCUUGCCAUUUAAUAAUCCAAAAAAUGA